AUGGCCGCCGCUGCAGUUGACUCGCCGCUGGAGCAUAGCUUCGAGAACGGCCUGCUACCGACAAAACUACGAGCAAACCGAGGAACGAUACACCAAGACCGCCUCGGAUGGCUGAAGCCUACGCCGUACGAAGUCCGUGAACGUCUCGAGCACGAUGGCUACGUCUGGAUCAAAGGACUUUUGCCGCGAGAGGACGUGCUGGAGAUGCGAAGACACUUCUUUUCCCAAUUCGAUGGGACUGGUCUGCUGAAGCCUGGGACCUCCCACGUUGAUGGUAUCUACAACUCCAAUGACGAUGUAACGAUACAUCGAGGAGUAGGUGGCGGUAACCCAGCGGGUGAGGAGGAGUUGCGACGUCUAACCGAGGCGCAUACGACAGAGGGCUACGAGAAGUUCACGAGCCAUGAUCGGCUUCGCGGUAUGGUCAGAGACAUCAUGGGUUGGAAGCAGGAAGUUAUGUUGCAGCGGACAUUGCUGCGACACAGUGUUCCCGGGGGUGACUCAACCGGAAUCCAUUACGAUCGACUUUUUCUGCGUGGUGGCGAGGCCUAUUUCCUAACAGCCUGGGUGCCGAUAGGAGACAUCUCCUCGACAGGUGGUGGCCUCUACUAUCUCCACGACAGCGUGUCACUCGGCGAAGCCAUGGAGAAAGACUACAGCGAGCGAGCCAAAGACUUCGCUCCGGAACAGAAGAUCAAUGCAUUCAAUCAGAACAUGGGCGCAACCGGCUAUCUCGCGGACCACCCGGACCAUUUCACAAGCGAGCACGACCUUGUCGCGAAGAAGGAAGGCUGGUCUCAAGAUCGGUACAAAUGGCUGGUUGGAGAGUUCGAGGCUGGUGAUGUUAUCCUCCAUCAUCCAUCCAUGAUUCACGGAAGUUGUGGUAACGACGAUCCGGAGGGCAAGAUCAGACUGAGCACCGACCUGCGGUUUUAUGACAAGGCAGACUUUGAUCGGGGUGCUGCGGAUAAUCGAUGGACGAAGUAUUGGCAUGUUAAUGAUCAGCUGUAG